AGUGUCACAUGAUCCUUCAGAAAUCAUUCUAAUAUGCUGAUCUGCUUCACAAGAAAAGGGUUAAAACGUUUUAAAAUUUUACUAAUUCAGUGGCCCUAGAAAGACACUUACAUCACACUUCAAAAUUUCUGAAUGUUAUCAGAUACAAAAUACCACAGCAGUUUUAAAGAAAGUUACAUGACUGGUAAACAGGGACGGUAAAUCAUAAACCAUGUCUUGUGUUUUUGACGCAGGCCCAGCAUGAGCACCAACAGCACCGUCUCGUUCCUGCUGACGUCUGACAAAGACAUCGGUGAGCUGCUGAUGCUGAGCUUACACUGGGAGAAAGACUCAUAUCUCUACGGCUUCUUCAGCACCAAUCAGUUCAUGAUCCGCAAAAUGAGGAUCAAAUCUGGAGAAACACAGUCCAGGCUAAUGUUCAGACCCAAAGAUGGAGAAUUUGGUUCACUGGUUCAGGGUGGAGACGCUGUGGUGUUUGUGAAGUCCAGCGAAGAGCAGGAGAGCAGGAGAGAGCAGAGGCAGCACAGACUGAAACAUCACGGGAGCUUCUUCAAACAGAGCAUCAACGAAGCAACCGCAGACAUGAGUAAAUAUGAUCAAUCAACAGAGAUCAUGACAGAAACCACCGCGCAGGUCAACACUACAAACGCUUUGUGAUUUCAUUAAUGCCAUCUGCACCGGAUAUACUGUAUCUGAACAUUUUCAUUCGAUGUGAAGUUGGGCUUGUGAAUUUCACAAACUUCCAGCCAGUGUUGGGGAAAGUUACUUUUAAAAGUAAUGCAUUACAAUAUUGCGCCACUCCAUAAAAA